AUGGCGUUAAAAUGGGUAAAAUAUAAUAUUAAAUAUUUUAAUGGCGACGAAAAUAAUGUUACUGCUUUUGGUGAAAGCGCGGGUGCGGGGCUUGUGACAUCAUACUUAACCUCUAAAAUGGCGGAUAACCUGUGUCACAAAAUAAUUUCACAGUCGGGAAAUUUACUCUCAGAUUUAUACAUUGUGAAAGAAGAUCAGAUUGCAAAAGCAAGAUGUUUGACAUCAAUAAUGGGGAAAGAAAUAUCCGAUGUUAGAGAAAUGUAUGAACGUUUAUUAACAGCGCCUGUUGAAGAACUAACGGCUAUAAUUAACGCUUGCUCAAGACCCGUUGUAGAGAACAAAUUUGAAGGCGUUAAACAGUUUUUCGACGAGGAUCCGAUCGUGACAAUGCGUGAAAACCGUUUUAAAAAGCUACCAGUUGUCGUCACACUAAAUUCACAUGAAAGCGCACUCUUUUUAGAAAAAGACGAACAUGGCAACACGGUUUAUGCAAAGAACUUCCAGUAUUUUAUACCUCGCUGUUUGGACGUUCAAAAUGAUUCUCCGAGGGCUUUAAAAUUUGCUAAGAAACUCCGCGAUUUCUAUUUCGACGGUAAAGAUGUAACAGAUGAAGAAAAAUAUCUUGAUUUCAUUUCAGAUGCUCACUUUGCUAGAGAUACAGUUAUGUUCAUUGAAUAUUUAUCAAAAUUUAACAAAGAUACUUAUUUCUGUUUAUUUUCUUACUCUGGCAAUAUGAACACGAGCUUGAUGCGGAAACUAGGAUUCAAGGGAGCGACACAUGGCGACUUAAUACAAUACGUGUUCUAUAGAAAAAAUAAGGCCGCAAAAUGUACAGAAAAAGACCAAAAAAUUGUUGAUUUUCUGUCUGAGGCUUGGUGUAAUUUCGCUAUAAAUGGCCUAAACACAACCAUAUCUGAGCUGCGAGAUGAGAACAUUAAUUUAAAACAAUGUAUUACGGAUUUAAAUAAUCAUCUGUCGGAGGUCGAUACUACUUUAUCCGAUCUUAAUGAGCAGUCAAUAUCGUUUGAUACACGGCUUAAGUCCGCAGAAAGUCAAGUCUCUAAAGACAACUAUUUAUCUAACAAAUUAGAGGUUGUGGAGACCAGACUGGCUGCAAUGGAGCAACAGGCACGUGAUUGUAACAUUGAAAUAUCAAAUUUGCCUGAGCGCCGUGGAGAAAAUCUUGUUACAGUUAUUAUUAAUAUUGGCGUGCUAAUAAACCAGCAAAUCCAACCAUUGACAUAA